AUGUCUACAGAUAGAAACACACUCAACCUUUACGAUGUUAUUCACCAAUUCAACACACAGAUGCUCCAAUUUCAUAAUAAAACGCGAAAGCUUGCUAUUCGAAUCGAUGAGCUUUUGAGACUAGAGACAGAUAGAGAGGCAGGGCUCCGAGCAAUCAGAGGACUUGCCGAUGGAAUAGACAAGGAUUUUGAGGCAGCAGCAAUUUUUGAACAAAUCCUUAGUGGAUCAGACGACGAAAUAUCAGUGGAUGAAUCUGAUUCAUCCGAGUCCGACUAUGAUGACAGUGAUGACGAAACAUACACUCCAUCAACACCACCACAAACUCGAGGUAACGUUCGGUCUCGACCGACGCCAGUCAAACCGUCAAAUUCACGAGAAAGACAAGCUAACUACGGUUGCAAGAGAAAACUGGAAUUCUCUUCAGAUGAACAGCCUGCAAAGCGUCAUAAUUCUGCUGGAUCUAUGUCGCAUGUCGAAUCCGAGACGCAAGAUAUUUUCGACUCUUUGGAAGAUAGUCAGUCUGGCUUUCGACCAAUUUCUCCCAAUGCUGCGGGACCUAGUCAUGAAUACCCUCAAAGCCAGAAAUGGCAGCUUCGAUCGCCAAUGAUUGACCUUAAAGACAGAGUCAGUCCAAUCUCUUCUUCCAAAUCAUCCCCUGAAAAAGGUCGAGCUUCUCAAAAAUCUGAAGCUAUGGAAAUCGUUACAAGUGUCAUCGAUUUUAACAAAGAUUCUGAAGCUACCGAUAAUUCCAUCAUCGAUUUGACAGUUGAUUCUCCUCAGCAAGAAGAAAUGCGGGUGGACGGCCCUCCGGAAAUUAUCGACCUAACAAUUGACGAUUUCGAAAAUGACUCGGAAUUUGAAGAACUCGCUAUUCGAAAUAAUGAGGAAUUCGAAAGAGAAGAAAUGCGACAAAUCGUUUCCGAGUAUGAAGGUAUUACUUCUCCCGCAAGAUCGGAUACCAUCAUACACGCAAGACUCACCCCAUAUCUUCUUAGCGAGUCUGAUGACGAACCGUCUGAUAACUCGGUGGUCUCCUACGAUGAUGGAUACAACGGAAUCCGAGGCCAGUACCUCUCCCCAGAAGAAGCCGAGCUGCUCUUCGACAGAGAAAUAGAAGACCUUUACGAAAUCUUGGGUGUCACUUACGAAGAUCCUCCAGCCGCGCUCUCUCCCUAA